AUGUUUGCAUCAUCUCUCAUUCUUCUCGCAGGGAGCGCAGCAUUGGUUGUGGCAGAUGGGUGCCACGGCGAUAACCUCCUCCGUGCCAUGGAGCGGCAUAACGGAACGAUGUACUGCUCCAUGCUCCUGGACUCUGGUGACGCCACUGCCACGCUCAGUCUACCGGAUCCUAUUCCGACGAGUUAUCCUGCCCUCUCCGUGACAUCGGCAUGUUCCUGUCUUCUAGCUCUUGAAGAGACGCCUCGGGCGCCUUGCCAUGCAAAUGCGACGGCAACGCCGGUAGCCGAUUCCUCUGCUGGGAUCGAUGACCCUGGAGCAACUGACGCCGCUUCAGCCACGGUCGUUUCGAAGACCCAAAGCAUCCCAACCGCGCAUGCAACUUUCGACGGAGGCUACUCGUAUUCCUUCCCCGGCCCAGCCAUUCCAUCCGAGACAGCUCCAACAUGCGGCUGGGGCGAGGUGACCGCUACAGUCCAAGUCACGGAGACGCAAGUCAGCACAAUCUAUAUCUACAACUCAGGAAUUCCAAACACAAGCAGCGCGCAGAGUCUAUCGUCCGUCAGCGAUGGCGACAGCGGUGGCCGGCCUGCCCCGCUUCCUACGACGAAGACUAUUACUGGUGAAGCUAGCGGGAGUGCGCCGGGGAUCGUGUCGACGGUGACGUUGAUCGGAGACUCUACCGUUGGUUUGCCCACGGGACCUGGGACGACGGUUGAAUCGACGGCAGCAGUGCCAAGAGUGACUACGAUUAUCAACGGGAACUACACGACAGUCAAGACUAUUUCUGGAGGCGAGUCUGAGCCGAGUCCCACAAGGUCUAUGGUGAGAAUCACUUCGGUCAUUAAUGGGGUUACGACGACCAUCACUGGAGCUCCUGAAUCGUCUUCGAUCAGCAGCCUCACCAACACGUUGCCUGAUGGAGCCUCUUCUUGGAGUCUAUCUUGGUUGUCUUCCAGCAUGGUUGGUGUCUCUAGCCAACAACCGACAGUAGCAACGCCGAUAUUGCCACCCGCAGUCACCACAAUUACAAGUGCCAUUGGCGGCAUGGCCUCAACCUGGGUCGUCACUCUCGGCAGAAGCACCAGCGGCGGUCCUUUCGCCAACAGCAGCACACUGACUCAACCUCCGACUCCAUCAGAAACUACUUCGGGUGCUUUUAGUGUUUUUACUAGCAUCAUCAAUGGGGAGGCCUCGACUUGGACCGUGAUAGGUGGCUCAACUCUUGUCGGUUCUCCCAACUCGACCUCGACCACGUCCACGCCAAGCCUCUCUCAGACUGCUGAGGUUAGCAUCAUUACGAGCGUCAUUGGAGGGGUUGCUUCUACCUGGACGGUGAUUGGAGGCUCAACUGUUGGAUCUCCGUCAAAUAGGAGCGCAGUUCCAACGCCUACCCUGACUCCAUCUGCCACAGAGACUGACGCAUUUAGCGUCAUCACAAGCGUGAUUGGUGGUGUUGGCUCAACUUGGACUGUCAUCGGGGGCUCAACGAUAGUUGGCUCGCCGACCCCAAGUGCUAUCGCGUCUGUCAUCACCAGCAUCAUUGAUGGCGUUGCUUCAUCGUGGACUGUAAUCGGAGGUUCUACCAUCUCCGCAAACCCCAGUGGCACAUCACCGACUCCCACGGUAUCUGGGUAUGCCACGGUGAUCACGAGUGUGAUAGGAGGGGUCGGGUCAACCUGGGUUGUUAUUGGAGGCUCGACUAUCGUGAACCCAACAAAUGCCACCGGCACUACUCCUACACCAUCCACAACUGGAGGCGCUGUCGUUAUCACCAGCAUCAUCGGAGGUAUCGCCUCUUCAUGGACGGUCAUUGGAGGCUCAACAGUCAGUUCAGUGCCAAGCGCAACGUCUGCUCCAUCUGAUCUGCCACCUGGUGCGAGCGUUGUUACCAGCGUCAUUGGGGGAGUUGCUUCUUCAUGGACGGUAAUCGGUGGCUCUACCAUCAGUCCAAUUCCAAGCCCACCCUCUGCUUCGGGCGAACUACCACCCGGCGCAACUGUCAUCACGAGCGUUAUUGGGGGCAUUGCCUCGUCUUGGACGGUGAUCGGAGGCUCAACCAUCUUCGGUUCAUCCAACGGCACGACCAAGUCUCCUGUCGCGACCCCUACUCCAACAGUCUUUACUAGCGUUAUUGAUGGUGUAGCUUCUACCUGGACGGUCAUUGGCGGUUCGACCAUCUUUGGCACCCUGACGUCAGGCUCUCCGAGUCUAGUAACAUCGACUGCCGUCAGCCUCACCGGUGGCGCCACGUUCGUGAGCACCCUCAAUGGAACGAUGCCGACAGCAGGAGGCUUGUCAACUGUCAGUGGUUCUUCAUCUACGCCGGCGAGUACCUCAGCGACCUCAACCUCAAGCUACGACUCAGCUUUCACCGGUAUCUCGGUGGUUGUGGCGCAGAAUGCGACUUCGUGCUAUGCCCUUCCUCCACCUACAGCAUCGCUACACGAGUCUCUCUUGAAUGUCACCAACCGUACUCCUCCAUAUAUCGACGCAUUUUACCUCAAUGAGACUACGCACUUCGUCCACUACCUCCGUCUGGUAGAUAAUGCCACCAACCCAGUUCUCGUUGACGUCUCCGACCCAUCGAGACUUGGAAUCGUUGACAAAGCCGGCAACGUACUCUCCAUCGACAGCGAAGGGUUACAUUUUGCCUCAGCGAACUGCUCACCUAAAAUAGACGUCUUCAUCUCUGGUUUCUUCCAGCAACUCAACACCUUGACGAAUUCCACUUGUACAAACACAACCGAUAUCCCAGUCAACGGCACAGAUCCGCGCCGUCUUCCCGUUUUCAAAGGGACGUUGGCCGAGAUGGCACAAGACGCAUUUGACAUCACUCUGCAUCUCAAAGACCAAUGCGGAAACCCUGCCCGUGCUGAUCUACCGGUAUCAGUCGCGUUAGGUGACACCCAAUGCGUUGUCCUCCCUGGUGCUGCGGGAGACUUUGUCGCAAAUUGCGCAUUCCCCGGAAGCGGGAGCGAUUCCAUGGAGUGUGAGACGUCGGUUCAACAGACUCUGGAUCAUUUGACGCAGGGAUCUCUGGUGGGGAGCUGUCCACCUCUCACUUCGGUUUGGAGUCUGCUCUUCCAGCACCUUGGCAGGGUCGUCAACGUUGACGAACUUCUCCAGCCCUUCAUUGAUGCUGGAUUGCAACUUGGCUCUGAUGCCGGCAAGGGAAUACUGGCUGUCAUCGAUAGCUUUAUGAACCUUUACGACUUCUCGGCCGCAACGUUCAAGAACUCGACUUCCGGCUCUGGAUCGGGUCUAGGUGAUAUCGUUGAGGGAUACGGUGUCACGACUAUCAAAACGGAAGUCUGCCAUUCCCUCAUCUCAACCGAGACUUUGAACCUCACUUUCACGGCCGGAACCUCCAUAGCACCUACCUCACUCGCAAACAUCACAGCACUACCUUCAACAGGCUUAGAGUACAGGCGUAACGUCACAGACCCGACAGCACUUGCAUGCUGCCCGAAUGCAAACGCGUGCAUCGUUCAAGAUGGGGAACGAUUUUACCCACCUGAAGCCUCCAUUCCUGACUCUGACUGCCUCUGCGGUAAGACUCUAGAGGGCGGGGGUAUUGGAUUCCGGACGGGAAGAUGCGUCGGGUAUGAUCAGUGUAACUCGACGUCUCCCUGUGCCGGAGGUGGUGUAUGUCUGGUUGACAACUGUUGUGGCUUCAAUGUCUGUGUGAAUGGGACGGAGUGCUCUGCUCCAAAGGCCGGUGGGAUGCGGGUGAACCUGUUCGGGACGGAGACCUCUGGAGGGCUUUUCUGA